AGGAUCUGAACUUGUAUUGUUUAGGAGGGAUACCGGAAUUCCCUCAUCGUGGCUUUGGACUUUUCACCUUUAGCUUUUUGUCGCUAAUGUGGAAAUCGACUACAGGACAAUCGAUUCAGCCCACACCUUCGGUUGAGGACGACUGGGAUUCAGACCCAACGUUCAUCAACGACGUUUCGGAAAAGAACCAACGAUGGGGAAACCAAAAGACGGUUGAGAGGGGGGAAAAGCAGCUUGAAGAUAUGGAGGAACUGCGUAAAAAGGUGAUUGAGCAAAAUGAUAAAAAGGCAAAAGAAGAAUGGAUCAAGCAGACCGGGUCGGGUAUUAAGGAGAGCUAUGGGGUUGGUAAAAAAGUGUAAUAGAAACGCUCGUUGUAACAUGCCAGCGAGUUACUUUACACUCUGUUUCUUUGAGGAUGAAAUAUGAAAUAUACCAACUCUAUAAGCGA